CUGUUGUUGAAGAAGGAACUAUAUGUAAACAUCAGUAAAAUUCACAGAAGGCUUUUGGACUAUGGGCACGGGUUUCGACAGAAUCGCUCUGUUUUGUGUUUUCCUUCUUCAUUGGACUUUGCGUUCAGCUCAAGCAGAGAAACACUCGCUGUAUUACAUUUACACAGCCUUGUCUAAACCUGUGGAUCUGCCGGGCAUCUAUGAAUUCACUGCUAUGGGUCUGCUGGACAACACACAGUUUGACUAUUACAAUAGUGAAGAAAAGACAAAGAUUCCCAAACAACAGUGGAUGAAAGAGAAAAUGCAGGAGGAUUACUGGGAAAGAGGCACUCGGUCCAGAAAGAGUAAAGAACAGUGGUUUAAUGUGAGCGUCAAUGUUCUGAUGAACCGCAUGAGACACAAUGAAUCAGAUCUCCAUGUUCUUCAGUGGAGACACGGUUGUGAAGUUGAGCAGCAGGGAGAUGAAGUGAAGGUUCUCAAAGUCAGUGAUGAGUACGGCUAUGAUGGAGAGGACUUCUUGUCUUAUGAUAUUAAAGAGGCUCAAUGGGUCGCUCCAGUUGACGCAGCUCUACUAACCAAGAGAAAAUGGGAUUCUAAACCCAAACUAAACCAAAACUCCAAAGGAUACCUGGAGACAAAGUGUUUGGACUGGCUCAACAAAUUCAGAGAAUAUAGAGACGAGAAGCUCAGAAAAGCAUGCUGAAACUCACCUGUAUGGCCACUGGAUUCUACCACAAAGACCUGAUGAUUAACAUUACGAGAUAUAACACAUCUCUGGCAGAACAUGAGAUCAAAUCCACAGGAAUCAGACCAAAC